UUUUGCUACUCAUUUACUGCUGGCUGUAAAAAUUGUAGAACAAAUUAAAAACGCAAUAAUAGAAUCGGCGCAGCAAAUGCAGCAUUAAUAGUGGAGAGCAGUGCUCAAAAACCCAAACGAAAGCAAUUAAACGUGUUCAAAAUAGAGAAAAGAUCGUGAAAGUGGGUGCAGCAGUUGGGGAAAAGUGAGAAAACCUUUGUGUUUGUUUUUUUUCAUUAUAAAUUUUGUUUGUUGCUUGGAUUUUGCAAUUUAAUGGUAGGAGGGGGAGUCGAGGCAGGGGCGAACCCAAGUGAUUUUCCAUAGUAAUCAUCGAGUGGAGGGGAAAUUCCAACCGACAUGUCGCUAAAAGCGGCGCUAGCUUUCUGCGCUCUUCUGCAUACAGUCACCUGUUACACGGUCUCAAUUACGGCCCCCAAUCAGGCCCUCAUCGGAUCCUCCAUCAAUGUGUCUGCCCAGCUCUUCGACAAUGGCAAACCGGCUGGCAAGGGAACCUACAAGUUCACCUGGAGCGACAGUACUGGCCAUCGAAAGGAGAUUGAAACGACCAGCGCCAGCAGCAAUUGGACUGUAGUCUACACGCAGGAGCAACCGGCCACACAUGUCCUCAAAGUCGAGGUGGAUAAGUUCUUCAUUUUUUGGGUAAAUGAGGCCAAGGCCCAAAAGGACAUCAAGCUGGAUAACUUGUUGGGCGGCAGCUUGGAACUGAUUCAGAACAAUGUGACUCGUCCGCAAAAGUUUGUGUCCACACAGGAGGCGGUUAAUCACAGCAUAUUGCUAUCCGAGCUGGAUGUGGCAUUUUUGCGGGCCAAGGGAUACCACAUUCAGACGUAUUGGUUUCAAAACUGCACAUAUCUGGGCAUGUCCAGUGCCCUGGACUAUCAGGCCACAUAUCCGAAAGCAGAGCAAUACUUUGACGUGGAGGCUUUAGUGGUGGCUUCGCUGGAGUUACCGCCUGAGCCAAUACCCUCAACCACGACCACAACAACCACAACCACUACCACUACCACUACAACAACCACGACAACAACAACUCCAGCCACAACAACAACUUCAACAACUCCUGCCACCACGACCACUCCAAAACCCACAACAACGUCAACAACUACGACAACCACUACACCAAAGCCACCAGCCCGAGCCAAACGUGAUUUAAUUCAGGCCAUGCAUGCCAAUGCCGCCCUUCUUGGUCUAAACCUUACCAGCGCUCUAAAGCAGCAGAAGGAUUCCGUUGGCAACCUGUCCGUGGCACUGGUCAAUCCGCUGGGCGUACGUAGACUUUCCAAGCUCACUUUAGUGGCCGGUACUCAACCGCCUUUCGAUUGCAUAAGCAAGAAAUUUGUGGCCCAGGAUCCCAAGCAGAUCUACGGCUACUUUCACCACCGCAUUGUAUCUAAAGAUCCCGUUACCGGUUUUGGCACUACGGGCAAGAAUUGGCUGCAGCACUGGGAGAUUAUUCACCUUAAUGUGAACUGCAAGGGAUCGCCACCGUUUGAGCUUUGCACGCAAGUUUUUACUGCACCUUACAAUUCCACGGGCAAUGAGACGUGCGACCGUUAUGAACCAUUAGAUAAUUGCUCAUACGAAUACAAGCGAUACUUCAGCGAAAGCAAGACCAUUCUUUUCUUUAUACGCAAUGAAGUCUCCCAGACACUCAAUCAGGUCACCAUAAACAUGUAUGAAGCCCAGCGUCAAUCUCAGCUUUCGGUGGUAGUUGUGCCCGUAACCUGCACAUUGGUGGCCGUAAUUUUAAUUGUUUUCGGGGUGUCCUAUUAUAUUCAGCGGGGAAAUCGCUUUAAUGUUGAAGUGGCCGAUUUUAAUUUCGGCGAUACUCAGUCGGUGGACAUGGAGUACAAGACAUUCCCGCAGCGUUUGUUCGACAGCAUCCGUGAUGCCUGGACGUGGCCGGGUCAGCGGCGGCACUCGCAGUCCAGCGUAGAUCUCAUGGCGGACCAGCCGCCCAGUCCGGGCUUUGGCGGCAAUGUGGGCGAUGUCGAUAGCAACCUGCGCUACAACACUUUUAACUAGGGCCCUGAGUGUUCGGUUGGAAUAUUGUUAACUAUGCAAAUUAACCGUUUUAAUUUAAUUUCGGCGCCUAAGUUACGAAGCCCUGCUCGCAAUUUCCUUCAAAUUUGGUGAAAUCGAUAUUGUUUUCUGAAAUUGGUUUGUUUUAUACUCAAACCUCGGUGUGAAAUCCAAGGCUGCUUUUGCCGUUUCUACAAAAUUUGAUUGGACUCGAAAGCGGGAUCAGGUGUGAUAGUUAUUUGUUAUUAUUUGUAAGAGCACUCUCAUGUGCUCUAGUCAUUUUCUUGUUGUACACCAGCACUUUGGGUAUACCAACCCAUAUGUACAUGAAUAGAGAUGAUAGAAUCUUUUUUAUGUCUCCAUAUAAUUUAUCUAUCCUUACGUUAUUAUCGAAAUCAUCUCCAACAUCUACGCACAUAACUGCUCAUCAAUGGCCAAAUGUCGAGUAACAAGCUACCAUUUGAAUCGAAAUAUCAGGUGUGCAGUAGGGUUAUGGAAAGCAACUGCAGAUCCCUUCGGAUAUUGUUAAAGACUGUCUUUGUUCUAAAAAGCAAAAAUAAAUCUGGUAAAAUUUACACUUAACUUAUGCGUGAGGAGAUGUUCUUGACGAGCUAAAUGCUAGCAUAAGUCAAUUUGAUUGUUUCCAUUGUAUCGUGAUCCAAAUUCUUUGACAAAGACAAGCGCAUCCUCACUAAAACACACGCGACACAAAUAUUCAUUGUGAUAGAUAUAAAACAAACAGUAUGUACGUUUAGCUAAAACGAAAAGUUUAAAGAAAACCAAUAUAAUUAUAAUUCUAAAAA